AUGGAAGUGAUACAGAAUUUUGUGAAAACCCACUCUAAAGAGAUAGGCGUGGCUGCUGCUGUUGGUAUAUCUCUUGUAAUAGUCAUUAAGAGGCGAAAGAAGCGAGCCAAGAGAGUUUACCCACCAAAUACGGUUGUCCAUCACCAGAUGGGAAGGGGUGCUUACGCACCAAGUUUGUCGCCAUUUUGUCUAAAGUUAGAAACCUAUCUACGAAUGGCAAAAGUCCCUUUCAUGAAUGUUCAUGACAGUAUCACCAAUAGAAGUUCUAAAGGAAAAGUGACCUGGAUAGAAUAUAACGGGGAAGAAGUAGCAGACUCGGAGUUUUGUAUCCAGUUUAUAAAUCAGAAAUUUAAUGUUGACCUGGAUAAAGAUUUCUCUGAGGAAGACCAAGCAGCAGCAUUAGCUAUACAGAGAAUGGUGGACGAGCACCUGUUUUGGACAGUGGCAUUACAGCGUUGGGUUUAUGAUCCUACCGAUGGAAUCGACCCAAGAAAAACACUAAAUUUUUCCUGGUUUACUUGUCACAUGAUAAAUAAACUGAUCAAAAGGCAGACUUAUGCGCAGGGAGUGGGCAGACAUACAAAGGAAGAAGUUCACCAUGUGAUGGACGAGGAUUUACAGGCCCUGUCAAAGUUUCUAGGAAAAAAGAAAUUUUUAUUGGGGGAGAAAACUUGCCAAGCAGACAGUGCAGUGUUUGGAAUGUUGGCACAGAUGUACUUCAAUGGCUGUGGGGGUUAUGGGGAGAAAGCCAUUAAAAAGUAUCCAAAUUUGUGUGAAUAUUGUGAAAGGAUGAAAGAAACAUUUUGGCCAGACUGGGAUGACUGUAUUACCCACGGAUGGACAAAGGAAGCCACUAAAUAAAGCUAUCAAUAUAAACACAAACAGUGUAAUGCCGCAGUGACGAUGAGAACUUCUUUUCUUCUUGUUGGCAUCUUAACACGAACUACAUGAGAAUCAUAAAUUAUUUGGCUUGUAAAGCUCCAUCAAAUAUUAAAAAUAUCAAUUUGUUGACAUUCUAUUCAUCCUCUGAUA